AUGGCACGUCUGCAAUUCACACGAUUCACAACUGUGGUCGUCGCCAUCUUUCUCUCCAGUGCUUCGGCCAGUGUUCCAGACACACCUGGUCCGAUUGUGAAGACGAAGUAUGGGCCGCUCCAAGGUGUGUCCGUUCCGCAGGGCUCCGUUUUCCUGGGCAUUCCCUUCGCCGCCCCGCCUGUAGGGGACCUUCGGUGGAAGCCUCCCCGGCCACCGGCUGCUUGGGCGCCCGCCACGUUCAACGCGACCACGUUCAGCGCUGCGUGUAUCCCUCACACAGGUACCAUAGAUCCUUUUCCUCAUGGCACGAGGACGCCGCCCCUGGGCAACGGUACAAGCGAGGACUGCCUGUACCUUAACGUCUUCACACCUGCCAUCGCUAAACCUGGGGGUAAGCUACCGGUGAUCUUUUGGAUACAUGGUGGGAAUUUCUUCCAAGGAUCUGCAAUGGAUUUUCUUUACGACGGGAGAUUCCUGGCGAAUAAGACCAGAACUGUUGUAGUGGCGGCCAACUACAGACUGAGCGCCUUGGGUUUCCUGGUGGCGGGGCAGGGGGAGGGCGCGGCGACUGGGAACUACGGCAUCCUGGAUCAGAUAGCGGCUUUACAGUGGGUCCAGGACAACAUCGCAGAUUUCGGAGGAGACAAAGAUCGGGUCACGAUCUACGGACAGAGUGCGGGGGCUUACUCGGUUGUCCUUCACAUGACGGUAAACAAGAGUGACCACCUGUUCCACGGAGCCAUCGCCGCGAGUCCUCCUCUCUCCUUAACAUUCAAAGGUAGGGUCGAGGCCCUUAUCUAUGGGGAUGAGUUUGCCCAGCAACUAAACUGUGCUGUAGGAAACAUGCAGUGCUUAAGGGCCGCCUCCGCCUCCCAAGUUUUAGACGCUCAGUACGCCGUGAGGUUAAAGAUUGUGAAUCCUUUCGAUCUGAUCGAACUAUUCGAGCCGUGGGGACCGACAGUGGACGGAGACCUCGUCGCUGGCCAGGUGGUCGACGCGUUUGAAAACGGAAAGUUUCAAAAGAAGCCUCUGAUAAUCGGCUCUACUACCGAAGAAGGGAUUGCCUUUGUGUACGAGACCGGGCAGAUACUGUCGACAUUAGAGUACGAAGCCUCCGUGUACGGUCUCUUCCUGACCGACGGGCCCGCGGUGCUCCGGGAGUACCCCCCAUCUCACACCGGAGACGAGCGGCCGAUUGACUCUGUCCUGGUGACUCAUUACCUCUUCCCAUGCCCGGCUCGUUACGCCAUACGGAAUGCGGCAAAGCAGAAUGACACAAAUCUCUGGCUGUACGUCUUCGCUCACCCCCUCUCCUUCAAGCACGCCUGGGGGAACCUCACCCACUGCGAGGGGCACGUCUGCCACGGGACAGACGUCGUGUUCGUGUUCCAGUCUCAAACCCUGAGAGGAUACCACUUCACCGCCGAGGAACAGGUGCUGGCCGACUCCAUGGCGUACUACUACGGCAACUUUGCUCACACGGGCGACCCCAACAAGCCUGGUUCGCGCCUGACCCACACGGGCGACCCCAACAAGCCUGGUUCGCGCCUGACCCACACGGGUGACCCCAACAAGCCUGGAUCGCGCCUGACCCACACGGGCGACCCCAACAAGCCUGGAUCGCGCCUGACCCACACGGGUGACCCCAACAAGCCUGGUUCGCGCCUGACCCACACGGGUGACCCCAACAAGCCUGGAUCGCGCCUGACCCACGCGAGCGCCCCCAACAAGCCUGGAUCGCGCCUGACCCACACGGGCGACCCCAACAAGCCUGGGUCUCGCCUGACCCACACGGGCGACCCCAACAAGCCUGGGUCUCGCCUGACCCACACGGGCGACCCCAACAAGCCUGGAUCGCGCCUGACCCACACGGGCGACCCCAACAAGCCUGGGUCUCGCCUGACCCACACGGGCGACCCCAACAACCCUGGGUCGCGCCUGACCAAACAACCAAACGGCGAUUCUCCCCCGGAAUGGCCGCCUUACCUGAGCUCCGAGAACUACACCAACCUCCGCUUUAACACCCCGAACAGCCUGGAGCGGGGCUAUCUGAAGGAGAAGUGCGACUUUUGGGACAGCAUCAGCCCCUACCCGUGA